AUGGCCUCCUCGACGUUCGUGACGGCAUGCCUAGCCGCGCUCUCGUUCCCGCUUCUGGCGAGUUCGACGCCCGUAACGCCUCGUACCAAAACAUCACCUUUUCGGUGGGACGAUACAAAAUAUGUCAUUGCCUUUGGAGACUCAUAUACAUAUGCCCAGGGGACGUUGGGCUACGCAAACUCAACAUUCAUCGGGUCGAACUUGAACUUCUCGUACACGCCAGAGCAGCUUCUCUCGGACCGCAUCAUGCAGGAGGACGUUGACAGCACCGCGAACCGAGGGCCCAACUGGAUCGAAGACAUCACACAGUGCGGCGUCAAGGAGGGCCUCACCGACCCGCAGACCUGCGACAUCCAGCUCUGGGACUUCGCCUUUGGCGGCGCUGACAUAUCGGUCGAGUACCUGCCGCUACACCACAACUGGUCCGUCCAGCUCGUCAACCAGACCGAGCAGUUCCUGCGCUAUGGUCAGCCCGUGCUCAAGAACAUCGUCAACGCCGACAAGACGCUCGUGGCCUUGUGGAUAGGCAUCAACGACAUUGGCGACUCGGCCGAGCUCGAUGUCGACUUCCCCAGCUACUACGACGAGCUCAUCACCACCAUGUUCGAGCAGGCCGUCGAGCCCGUGUACAAGGCCGGGUACAAGAAGUGGCUGUUCAUGAAACUGCCUCCGCUGAACCGCACUCCGGGCAAUCUCGUGCGUGCUGCCGGGCCUCUUCCGAAUACCACCAUGAUCGGGUGGUGGGACAGCACUCUGGACUCACAUGCUGCCGCUUUUGCGUCCCAGAACGACGAUGUGACGGCCUUGGUCUUUGAUUCAAACACGUUUCUGAAUGGGGUGUUGGAUAACCCUGCCGAGUACAACAUUACCAACACGACUUCGUACUGUCCAGACUACAACCAACCGCUGCCCGUGACCCAGUAUGGAUGUCUUCCUCUCUCUGACUAUUUCUGGUAUGAUGAUGGGCACAUGACAACCCACGUUCACUCCAUCUUGGCGGCAGAAGUCGAGAAAUUCCUCAAAUCUUCAUCUGCUUAA